AUGUUCGGAGCGCCUUCGAUCUGUCGACGAUGUAUAAACACCUACUUGAAGCCCAGUAGAAGGCGGCUAUUGCGCUUCUCCAGCACAGCAAGCAAUGUCUCGUUCUCGCCCGCUCUGCUCGCAAGAGCGCGCAAUCUUGCCCAUGAACACGAUCGAUUGAGUGAGCAGACUACCGAGACCUUCGAUGCCAAAAUAGCGAAACGGAUCGGGGAAUUGAGAAGCGUGGCCGAAGCGUUGAAAGAGUGGGAAACCACACAACAGAACCAGGAAGAGCUCAAGUCCCUCCUGGUAGACCCUACCACCGAGCCGGAGCUCCGUGAGCUGGCUGCCGAAGACCUGGCCGCCACAGCCACGGAACUGGAAACGCUGUCCAAGAACCUGGCAACUUCUCUGACGCCCAAACAUCCCUUCGAGGACAUGCCCUGUCUGAUUGAGAUCCGGCCCGGCGUAGGCGGAGGCGAGGCGGCACUGUUCGCGGGAGAUCUGCUCCGCAUGUACCGCUCCUUCUGCGCCCGCAAGAACAUGCGCGCCUCCCUCCUCAAAUACGAGACCGCAGACGGCGAGUCGGACGCCAGCGGGGAGUCGCCCCUCGCGGAGGCAAUCCUCGAGGUUGAAAGUGCUGGCGCCUACGGAAAACUGCGCUCGGAGGCCGGUGUACACCGCGUGCAGCGGGUACCAGCUACGGAAAAGCAAGGGCGGACCCACACCAGCGCUGUGGGGGUUCUGGUGCUGCCUAGUCUGCCCACCAAUGCAAGCGAGGGGGGGGGGAUCUGGGAGGCGGAUCUCAAUGAUCCGGCGAGCGACUAUUAUGUUAAUAGUUCGGAUGUCAGAACCGAUGUCAUGAGGGCGAGAGGCGCGGGCGGCCAGCAUGUUAACACGACGGAUUCGGCGAUCCGGUUGACGCACUUGCCGACGAAUACGGUGGUCAGUAUGCAGGAUUCGCGGUCGCAGCACAAGAAUCGCGAAAAGGCGUGGCAGUUGCUGAGGUCGAAGCUGGCUCAGGCGAGGAGGGAAGCGAGAGAAGAGGAGGUGGUCAAGUUGAGGAGGGGGGUGAUUGGGGUUGCGAAGAUGGGGAGGGGGGAUAAAGUCCGCACGUACAACUGGGGCCAGCAGCGGGUCACGGAUCAUCGGAGCGGGCUGAGUGUUCACAAUCUGGAUAAUGUCAUGGAGGGGGGCGAUGAGCUGGAAAAAGUGAUUGAUAGUGUACGAACAUGGCUGGGGGAGCGGGAGAUUGAAGGCAUGCUCGCAGAGGAGGAGGCAGUUAACAAUGCCCCGAAGUGUAAAUGA